AUGUUAUCUUCAUUAAAACCAAUCAAUUUAGGUAUAGCUAUAUCUGGUGGUGGUUAUAGAUCUUUCUUGAAUGGUGCUGGUGCUCUUGUUGCAUUUGAUGAUCGUACUUUAAACUCUACAAUGCCUGGUCAUUUAGGUGGUAUAUUACAGUCAACUUCUUAUAUAAGUGCUAUUAGUGGUGGUUCUUGGUUAUUAAUGUCAUUUGUAUUAAGUGAUUUUGAACCUGUUGUUAGAAUGACUAGAGAUUGGAAAAUGAUUGAACCUCUUUUAGAAGGUAUUCCAAAUUUACAACAAAUUGAAGUUUCAAGGAAUGAUGUUCAAGUCUUACCUAAUGAUUUUGAAGAUGAUGAUCCAAGGUUUUAUGAAGAAUUACAUAAGAUUGGUAAAAGAUCUUGGGAUGAAAAUACUGAGGAUGAAAUUGAUGAUAAUAAAGAUACAUUUUCUCAAGAACUGUUCCAUAAUGAUGAUUAUUUAGAUGAAGUUUUUGAAGCUUUUUAUCAAAAUUUAGAAUUGAUUCCACAUCUUGAUGAUGAUGAAGACGAUGAUGGUGAUGAUGGUGAUGAUGAAGAUGAUGAUGAAGAAGAUAAUGAAAAUCAAGAUGAUAAUGACCUGGUUCCAUUGACAAGAUUAUCAAAACGUACAACAUCUCAAAAGGCAAAUGAAGAUUGGUUUGACAAUUUUAAAACUUUCUUCAAAGACAUGUUUAAAAAGAAAGAAGAAAUUAAAAUCUCUGCAACUCAUAUAUUACCAAAUAUUGACGUGUCCCCAGAUUUAUCAAUGAAAAAUCUUAAGAAAAUUUUCAAUUUUUAUAAAAAUUUACAUGUUGAAGUUAGAUCUAAAAAAUCUGCUGGAUUUCCUGUUUCAUUUACUGAUUAUUGGGGUAGAGCAUUAUCAAGGAAAAUAUUCCCCAAAUAUGCAAGAGCUCCAGAUAAUACUUUUUCAAAUGUUAUAAAUUUACCAUCUUUUAAAAAAUUUCAACAACCUUUACCAAUAAUUGUUACAAAUUCAAGAGAACCUGGUGUUGAGAAAACAAGUAUUACUUCAACAAUAUUUGAAUUUACACCUUUUGAAUUUGGUUCAUGGGAUUUAAAACUUUUCACAAAUUUAAAAUAUCUUGGUUCAUAUCUUUGUAAAGGUGAUCCAGUUUUCCAUUUAUCUAAAAGAGCCAUUUGUUUUAAUAAUUUUGAUAAUUCUGGUUUUAUUACAGGUACAUCAUCUUCAUUAUUUAAUAAUGUUUUAAUUUAUGUAUGGCAAUUAGCCGCAUCAUCAACAAAGGAUAAAUAUAGAGCUAUUAAAGCUGUUUUAAAUACAUUUGGUCUUACUUCAAAACAAGAUGGUAUUGAUCCCAAGAAACAUCCAGAUUAUGCAUUAUAUACACCAAAUCCAUUUUAUAAAUUUGGUGAUCAAAACACCAAUGAAGUUCAUGAAAGUAAGCAUCUUUAUAUGGUUGAUGGUGGUGAAGAUGGACAAAAUAUUCCUUUACAACCAUUAUUACAAAAAAAUCGUAAUGUUGAUUUGAUUUUUGCUAUUGAUUCUACUGCAGAUGUUGGUGGUUGGCCCAAUGGUACUAUAUUAAGAAAUACAUGGCAAAGAUAUAAUGAUACAAGACAUAAUGGUGUUACUGUUUCAAUUGAUGGUGCACCAAGAACAAUUGAUUUAUUCCCAUUAAUUCCAACACCUAAUAUCUUUAUGAAUAAAAAAUUAAAUACUAAACCUGUUUUCUUUGGAUGUCAUUUAUCUCAAUAUCCUAAAAGAUCAUUUCAACAAGAUGAUAUAGUUGAUGAUUAUUUACCACCAAUAAUUGGUUAUUAUGGUAAUACAUAUCAUUCAUAUUUAUCAAAUACUUCAACAUUUAGAUUAACAUAUACAGAUGAUGAAGUUUCCAAAAUUAUUGAGAAUUCUUAUAAUAUAAUGACAUAUAAAAAUUCUACAGUUGAUGGAGGGAAAUAUGAUAAAUGUAUUGGUUGUAUAAUGAUUAAAAGAGAAUUUGAUAGGAAACAAAGAAACUUAAGUUUAAUGAAUGAUAUGGAAUUACCAAAAUUUUGUUCAAAUUGUUACAAUGAAUAUUGUUAUAAUUGA